AUGGCAUUCGACGGCAAUCGUGACGGUUACCUAAACCAAGCCGAAGCUCGUGAUGCGGCCGAAUUUCGAGCCGGUGAUUAUAACCAGGAUGGAGCAAUGAACCGCGCUGAGUUCUCACGUGUUGAAAAUCCGCGUGAGUUCAACCAGUAUGACACGAAUCGAGAUGGACUUGUUGAUGCUCCUGAAUACGAGCGUGGAGAGAUGCGCGAAGGCGACCACCAACAGCGUGAGUUAGACUAG